AUGGGAACCAAUUUCGGGUUAGUUGCAGGCUCUCACAUCGGCAAUGAAUUCAUUAUCAUUCGUCAAGAUGGUGACUUUGCUCAGAGAGAGUUGCAACACUUACAUGGUCAAAUAUGCCAACUAUGUGGAGAUGACAUAGGGGUUAAUGUAGACGGUGACCUCUUCGUGGCAUGCAACGAGUGUGCAUUUCCUGUUUGCAGAGAUUGUUAUGAGUAUGAACGCAGGGAGGGAAACCAUGUCUGUCCUCAAUGCAAAACUAGAUAUAAGCGUCUCAAAGGAUGUGCUAGAGUUGAGGGGGAUGAAGAGGAGGAUGGCAUUGAUGACUUGGAGAAUGAAUUCGAUUUUGAUGGAAGAAAUAAACAAGAUAUGCAGAAAUCUGUGUCUCCUGAGGAUGACGAAAUAUCUCAAGAGCAUCAUGCUUUAGUUCCCUCAAGUUCAACCUUGGGCAAAGAGAUAAUUGCAUUGCAUGCAAGACCCUUGGACCCUUCCAAGGACCUUGCUGCUUAUGGCUAUGGAAGUGUUGCUUGGAAGGAGAGAAUGGAGACAUGGAAGCAAAGACAAGGGAAACUUGGCAACAUUAGAAAAGAAAAUAACAAUGAAGCUUUGGACAAUGUUGUAGAUGAUGACACUGAAUUUCCUCUAAUGGAUGAAGCAAGGCAACCAUUGUCAAGAAAGUUACCGAUUCCAUCAAGUCAAAUUAACCCUUACCGAAUGAUCAUAAUAAUUAGACUAGUUGUUCUUGGAUUCUUCUUCCAUUAUCGAGUUAUGCACCCAGUAGAAAAUGCCUAUGCUUUGUGGCUUGUAUCAGUAAUAUGUGAGAUUUGGUUCACUCUUUCAUGGAUUCUAGAUCAGUUCCCAAAGUGGUUUCCUGUUACAAGGGAAACCUAUCUGGACAGGCUUUCCUUAAGGUAUGAAAAGGAAGGUCAACCUUCACAACUAUCUCCAAUUGAUAUAUUUGUGAGUACAGUUGAUCCACUAAAAGAGUCUCCUCUAGUGACUGCAAACACAGUUCUUUCAAUUCUAGCUGUUGAUUACCCUGCUGAAAAGGUGUCAUGUUAUGUAUCUGAUGAUGGCGCGGCAAUGUUAACAUUUGAGGUUUUAUCUGAUACUUAUGAAUUUGCAAGGAAAUGGGUUCCUUUCUGUAAGAAGUUCAGCAUUGAGCCUAGAGCUCCUGAAUGGUAUUUUGCUGAGAAAAUAAACUAUCUAAGAGAUAAGGCAUACCCAUCAUUUGUCAAAGAGAGAAGAGCAAUGAAAAGGGAAUAUGAAGAGUUUAGAGUUCGAAUUAAUUCUCUGGUUGCUAAAGCUAGGAAGGUCCCAGAAGAAGGGUGGACAAUGCAAGAUGGAACACCGUGGCCUGGAAAUAAUGUUCGUGAUCAUCCAGGAAUGAUACAGGUUUUUAAUGGAAAAAAUGGAGGAUAUGACAUGGAUGGAAAUGAAUUACCAUGCCUGGUAUAUGUUUCUAGAGAAAAGAGGCCUAAAUUCAAUCACCAUAGAAAAGCAGGAGCACUGAAUGCGUUGGUCAGAGUGUCUUCCGUGCUGUCCAAUGCACCUUUUGUAUUGAACUUGGACUUUGAUCAUUACAUCAACAAUAGCAAGGCGAUAAGAGAGGCAAUGUGUUUCAUGAUGGAUCCUUUAUUAGGAAAAAGGGUCUGCUAUGUUCAGUUCUCCCAGAGAUUUGAUGGUAUUGAUAGCAAUGAUCAAUAUGCCAAUCAAACAAAUGCAUUCUUUGAUAUUAACAUGAAAGGUUUGGAUGGUAUCCAAGGACCUACAUAUGUUGGGAUAGGAUGUGUCUUUAGAAGGCAAGCACUGUAUGGUUUUGAUGCUCCAAGAAAAAAGAAGCCUCCAACCAAGACAUGUAAUUGCUGGCCAAAGUGGUGUUGCUGUGGAUGGUGUUGCAUGGAAAAAAGUAAGAAGAAGAAGUUGAAGAAACCUAAGUUUGUGAGAAUGGAAAGCAAUCUCAAAAAUGUACAUUCUGAUGCAUCUAUAGCUGAGAGUGCUCUGAUGUGUAUUGAACAUGGCACUAAAGGAGUUGAAGAUGAAAUUUUGGCUCCAAUCUCAGAUCAGAAAUUCAUAAAGAAAUUUGGACAAUCUCCUAUUUUCAUUGCAUCUACUCAGUUAGAAAAUGGUGAGACACUAAAACAUGGUAACUUUGCUUCUCAACUUACAGAAGCCAUACAUGUUAUUAGCUGUGGCUAUGAAGAGAAAACAGAAUGGGGAAAAGAGGUUGGGUGGAUCUAUGGUUCUAUUACAGAAGAUAUAUUGACAGGUUUUAAAAUGCACUGUCAUGGAUGGAGAUCUAUAUAUUGUAUUCCUGAAAGACCUGCAUUUAAAGUAUCUGCCCCAAAAAACCUCUCUAUUGGUUUACAACAAGUCUUUCAAUGGGCCCUUGGAUCCAUUGAAAUCUUCAUGAGUAAACACUGCCCUCUUUGGCAUGGAUAUGGUGGAGGACUAAAGUGGUUAGAGAGAGUUUCUUAUAUAAAUGCUACAGUAUAUCCAUGGACAUCAAUACCUUUGGUGGCAUAUUGUACUCUCCCAGCUGUUUGCUUGCUUACUGGGAAAUUCAUCAUUCCUCAGCUCAAUAGUGCAGCUGGAAUGUGGUUUAUAUCUCUUUUCAUUUGCAUCUUUUCAACAAGUGUGCUAGAGAUGAGAUGGAGUGGAGUUACAGUUGAUGAAUGGUGGAGAAAUGAGCAGUUUUGGGUGAUUGGAGGGGUUUCAGCACAUUUGAUUGCUGUGUUUGUAGGAUUCUUCAAGGUCUUGGCAGGUGUAAACACAAACUUCAUUGUGACAUCAAAAGUAGAAGAUGAUGACAAGGAACAUUCUGAGAUGUUUGCUUUGAGGUGGACAACUUUGCUAAUCAUACCUACAACAUUGCUGAUAUUAAACAUGAUUGCAGUAGUUGCUGGAGUUUCAUAUGCAAUAAACAAUGGCUUUGAGUCUUGGGGGCCUCUAAUAGGGAAACUCGUAUUUUCCUUUUGGGUAAUUCUUCACUUGUAUCCUUUCCUCAAAGGCAUGAUGGGUAGGCAUAAUAGGACUCCCACCAUUGUUCUUGUAUGGUCAAUCUUGCUUGCAUCUUUCUUCUCUGUCUUGUGGGUAAAAAUUGAUCCAUUUUUACCCAAAUCAGAUGGUCCAAUUCUAGAGGAGUGUGGAUUGGAUUGCAAUUAG